CGCUUCAUUCAAAUGCUGUGCAUUAUCGACGUUUGCGAAACCAUCAGUCAAACGGUAUUCCUGGUCUAGGUACAUCCAGAUAGAGUUACACAUUUUUUUUUUAUUUAUUUCUGUCCAGGCCAAUCGAAUUGGCAAUUAUCUUCACACGAUGCUGGUGAUGCGCAGACUGAAAUGUUCCAGCGAUCUUGUUAAAAUACUCUCCCUCGAGUGUCUUCAGCAGAGUGUUAAAAUUAAAUUGUAUGGUUUAAUUGAAUUGAACGAUUCUGUAUUUUACAAGAUGAGUGGAGUCAUAACAACAUACGUCAUAAUAAUGAUGCAACUUGAUGGACAGCCUGACCUGUUCGAGGGGGACGACUAAGAAUUAUAUCUCUCAAGAUGAUUAAACGAAUUCUGUGCCACAAAGUGUUUCACCUCCGGGGCUAUUACAGUAAUGCACCCAUUUCAUUAUUUUUUUUUUAUCAAAGAAAUAUUUGCUACCGACAAUUCGCUAAUGUCCAUCGGAUAAUCCAUUGUGAUAAGGACGUGUCUCGCUGUUUCAUUUGGAAUACAGUCGAAGCCAUGCGUUUGGAGAGAAAUUCUAUGAGGACGAUGGAGAAUACGUGGAUGACAGACAAACGGAAACUCCAGAGGAGAAUGAAUUUUUUUACAGCACUGGCGAGAGUCGAGGGUAUUUGGCAGACUAUUGGAAAUUUUCCCAUAUGCUUUGGUGGUCCUGAUAAUUUGAAAAAAUGCCGAUUCAGUAAAUCCAUUAUGGGAUAUCACAUUGUUCUCUUUAUUAUCUCGGCGGGAAUCUUCAUUUCGGCUAUUUUGGAGGUGGAAUUUCUCUCGAGGAUGGAUUAUAUUGUGAUGACUAUUACAAUGAUUAUUCGGAGUUUGUCGGCACUUGUGUGUUAUUUUUUGAAUUCCUCCAUUUGGAUCUUCUACCAUAAAGAUUUUAUAGAUGCUAUGGAGUUCCUGGCCUCUCAAAAUUUAAUUCUCCAGCAAUUGGGCUGUCGAAUGGAUUAUUCACUCUGUUUCAAAAUGGUCAGAACGUAUGUCUAUGGGACGUUAACGACAGUCGCUGUUCUGCUCAUUUACGAUUGCUACACAUCCAUGAGCACGUGGGCCAGUGAAUCUCCGCUGAUGGUUUGCCAAUGGAUAUUUUUCACAAUUCCAUCAGUCAUCCAAGUAAUAACACCCACGAUAUUUGGAUCCCUCGUCAUAAUCCUCGGUGUUCACUUCCGGGAGGUGAAUACCAAGCUGAUGGCAAUUAGAGACAGAGCGAAUUCGUCACCACCGAAGGUCAUAGAACUCUCGAACGAUUGCGCCGAAGGUGUUCGUCUAAUCGCCAAAAUCCAUUACAAUCUCUGCAAAAUAGGUAAAUUUUUAAAUUGGAUGUUCAACGGAUUUUUCGUGGUGAUCGUAGCAACGGCUUUCAUCAUCCUGAGCUCGUCCCUGUACUUCAUCUUCUACGAGGUAGUUAAACCCGAGGAGACCAAUUACCUCUCAAUAGGUUCUUAUAUAUCCUGGCAAAUUACCACAGCUGCUCCCAUGAUAGCAACAGUAGUAAUCUGCAAUUGGACCUCCAAUCAGGCUGAACACACGGGAAAAUUGAUUCAUGAAAUUCACAUUGAGAGCACUGAGUCAAAGUUAUACCAGAUUAUUCGUUCGCUGUCACUUCAACUCCAUCACCAGAAGGUGGAAUUCUCUGGUGCUGGUCUCUUUCCCAUCAACUCAUCCCUCUUGCAAACGAUGAUUGGCAAUAUGACAACAUCCCUCGUUAUCCUCAUUCAAUUCCAACCAUCGCUCAAUUAAUAAUUAAUGUGUUUUGUGGCUUAAUCGGGGGUACAUACUAAUGGUCCAUGAUUGUUCAAAUGUCAAUAAGGUAAUUAUCAAAAACUCACAAUUACGAAAUAAACAUUUAUUUAACAAAUCAACAGCGUAAAGACUAAUCGAGCGUAAUUAGCUACUCUGGUCGUCGUCUAAUUUCUUUUUUCUUUUUUCUUUUUUCUUUUAUUUCCGGAAUUAUUUAUAUUAUCUACAAUGGCGCGUUUAUCCCACAGAUGAUUGCCCCAAUUCGUAUUCACAUUGUGCCACUCUGGCUGCUUUGUACUCCCAUUAACUCCUGGUCAAGCAAAUCGAUAUUAACUAAAUAAAAAAAAAUAUUUUCAACUAUUACCUCAAGCUCAAAAUUCACAAUUUAAAAUUCUUUUUGAUAGAGCAACCACUUGGUGGCUACUAAUUUCGAUCAUUUAUUUAAACUUUCUAGAGGGUGCUGAAAAUAAAAUCGAUAACCAGUGGAACUUGGUGUCGAUCGAUUACAUUGGUUAGAGUAUUAGAAAAAUCGAGUGUCGCGCGGCGAUCAUUGAUUUUGAAUUUUUUUUUUUUACGAUAGCAGUACGAUAUGGCACUUCGCCCAAAUCAGUGACUCAAUUUCAACUCGUCUCAUUGCAUGUGCGAAGUCAUUUUAUGGAAAAAAUUUAUCAAAAAGUUCAGGUGCUUUUUCGCUGGUAUUUUAAUAUGAUAAUAAUUCAUGGAUUCUGCAAGUUCUAUUUUCUGUUAUUUUUCUCGUUUCACCAGAAAAUAAGAAUCAGAAUGUCAAAAUUAGAUGACACUCCAAUAUAAUUUUUUCGUACAUGUGAUUUAAUAAUAAACGCCGUAAAAAUAGGAAAGUAGUGACUGAUUUUAGGGAACUCAUGUGCAACCAAAACACUCGUCAGGUUUCAGUUGAAGGCACCCGUCUCAUUGUGGCUCACGGUGCCCGCAGACUUGGAAUUAAUUAAUCUAAUUAUAAUUAAAUUUUGAAUUUUGACAAUUCUGUAACAGAACGAGAAUAAAACCACAAUGACCUCGCAUGAUAUUUUCCAUCUCAAAAAACAAAAUCUCGACUGCAGAAUAAAUAAUACUGUACCCUAUAUUAUUUUCAACUUCAAAUAUCGACAAAUAAAAAAAUUCUACGAUAAAAGACUCGAGAUAAGGUAAUAAGGAUUCCGACUAUCAAUUCAGAUAUCGCUACCCAAUCCACAUCACAACACCUCAUUAAAAAGUUAGUGAAAAAAUAAAAUGACGUCACGUAUGAAAAAAUUCACCGAAACUCUCAUGAAAAAAAAAAUCCCCCAAUUUCCGCAAUUUUUCACUAAAACAACGAGAAAAAAAAAUUUACAUUUCGAUUACUCCCCAAAACUCAUUGCGCCCAAAUGCCCUAAAAAAUCGAAACGCCCUGAUCCAUUGAUUCGAUUUUUUUUCAUGGAAAAAUCCGUAUAAAAGCGAUUGAGUUUUCAGGACAAAGCAGUAAAAACCGAUGGAAUAUCAUAAAUUUCAAUCGCAAUAGAAUUUUUUCAU